AUGUCGAUUGUAAACGCCGACAUAUCGCUGUUGCCGACGCGCAACACAGAUCUCGAAGUCAACGACAAAUUUCCACCGGAGGUCGAAGAAUUUCGUCAGAAGAUUGUUCAAUCUGAAUGUUUCCUCUUAGCUUCUCCUGAGUACAAUUACAUGGUUACAACACCUUUGAAGAACGCAAUCGAUUGGGUAUCUAGGCCACCGAACGUGUUUGUCGAUAAGGUUGCUGCUAUUGUUAGUGUAGGAGGUGGGUUUGGCGGAGGGCUGGCACAGUAUAGUCUCCGGCAAAAUGGUGUUUUCCUUGAUCUUCAUUCCAUUAAUAAGCCAGAGUUUUUCCUCAAGGGGACGAAGAGAACAGUGGUGCAGGAGGGAUUUAAAAAUUUAGCGGUUCAUGAAAGGAGGAUCGAAUUCGAUAUGGAGGAUCGAAAGAGGUAG